UGCAUUGUCUAGGGAGGGAGACACCAUUAGAUCAGGAAGGGGAGCCAGUCCAGCCUUAGUUACCUGAGUGUUCUGUAGUUGGCAGCAUCAGGUGGUGUUAAAAGCAGAAACUUUGAAGCAGAAACUAGUGGAAUUUUUCACCUUAAUCUCUUUCCAGAAUGCCGAAAGCACCAGUACAGAAAAAGUGCCGUGUGCACAGAGAGGUGAGCCGGGUGAGCACCAAGGCAGGAGUGAAGGGAGCCAAGCCAGCUGGGGCAACAGUGGCACAGGGCCUCGUCUUCAAUACAGACCUUGGCCAGCAUAUCCUCAAAAACCCCCUUGUCAUCACUGCAAUGCUGGAAAAGGCUGGACUCAAAUCAACAGACACAGUGCUUGAGGUUGGUCCCGGUACUGGCAACAUGACAACCAAACUUCUGGAGAGAGUGAAGCGAGUGGUGGCUUGUGAAAUUGACUCCCGGAUGGUGGCAGAGCUGCACAAGAGAUUUCUGUCCACUGCACUGCACUCCAAGCUGGACAUCAGAAUAGGGGAUGUAUUGAAGGCAGAAUUGCCUGUCUUUGAUGUAUGUGUGGCUAAUCUUCCCUACCAGAUUUCCUCUCCCUUUGUAUUCAAACUGCUGCUGCAUCGGCCACUGUUUCGCUGUGCUGUGCUCAUGUUCCAGAAGGAGUUUGCAGAGCGACUGGUGGCCAAACCAGGGGACAAGCUUUACUGCCGGCUGACAGCCAACACACAGUUACUGGCCAAAGUGGACCAUCUCAUGAAAGUUGGAAAAAAUAACUUUCGACCACCACCAAAGGUGGAGUCCUCAGUGGUCAGAAUUGAGCCCAAGAACCCAGUACCAGACAUCAACUUCUCAGAAUGGGAUGGACUCUUGCGAAUAAUUUUUGUAAGGAAAAACAAAACCCUGUCGGCAGCUUUCAAGCAGACUUCAGUAUUGCAGACUUUAGAAAAGAACUACAAAACUUGGUGCUCAUUACAAGAAAAGAAGAUCCCAGAAGAUUUCAGCAUGAAGGACAAAAUAGAGGAUAUCUUAGUGAAUGGAAAGUUUAACAAGAAGCGAGCUAGACAGAUGGACCAGGAUGACUUUUUAGCUUUAUUACACGCAUUCAAUAAAGAAGGAAUUCACUUUGUUUAGGAUGUUAUCUUUGUUAGAUCUAUGUGUAUUUAGAAUUGUUAUCCUUGCUUUUAUCUUGUAUUUAUUUAUUUAUAUAUGUAAUGUAGCUUUUCUCUGCGAUUGCUCAGGUGUGAGAGUGUAUGAGGUGAACUUCAAACUGGGCUGUGCUGUGCAGGGAGGUAAGUGGUGCAUUCUGAUAAGAUUUAGUGCCUUAGUUUUCUUUCAAUCUUUCAUCUUCAGUAUUGGAAGGGAUGUUUGGAGGUGAUCAUUGCUGAGACCUUCUGUUGUCUCCAGUUUGGCUGAGCGCAAGUGUUUAGUUGUGACAUGUUGCCUACCUAGUGUUGGAAGUCCCUGCUUAUCCCAGUACAAAAUGAUGUGUGAUGACUUUAACUGAAGACAGAAGUGGACCAAGCUUUCAUCCUGAACAUGGUCAAUGCUCUCUCUCAUUUGGAAUUAGAAAGUACAUACAGGAAAACUUCAUUUAACAGACCAGUUAUGGAAACUAGAUAAAACUGCAAACAUGGAUAUGGUAAAAUCAUGCUCUCUCUCUCUCUCUCUCUCUCUCUCUCUCUCUCUCUCUCUCUCUCUCUCUCUCUCUCUCUCUCUCUCUCUCUCUCUCUCUCUCUCUCUCUCUCUCUCUCUCUCUCUCUCUCUCUCUCUCUCUCUCUCUCUCUCUCUCUCUCUCUCUCUCUCUCUCUCUCUCUCUCUCUCUCUCUCUCUCUCUCUCUCUCUCUCUCUCUCUCCAGUAUUUAUACAAGUGUGCACAUUACUAAGUACAAGCAUGAGAUGACUUACAAGAUUUUCAUCAGAAAAACAAAUGUGAAUGAAAAGCUCAUCUAUUAAGGUGAGAUUUCAGUAUGAUGAUGGGAGCAAGGAGUAAAUUCUGCAUUAUUUGUUGUUCAUUGUUGCCAAAUGAUAUGUACAUGACAGGAGAGAAAACUAUCUUUACUCUUCCAUUCAAUAAAUCCAAGAGUCUGUUCAUUGCAUCAUCAGAGUUAUCACAAUUCACUGGAGGAAUUACUCUUUAGUAUUUUUUGUUUACAGAAUUUUUAUAUUAACAUCUAAAACUAACAAAAUAAUGUAAUUUAAGGUAUGCACUAGUGUAACUUACAUAUGACCAACUUGAGCAGAAGAAAGGUCCAAUGCAAUCUGAAAAUGGAGUGAAGAUACUUUUUCCUUUCUCUUGGUGAUUGUAAACUACUAGUUGAAUUAGGUUUAGGGUCCUGGUGCUAGUCACAGUGUAAGCUGCUAUGCAUGUGUGGUUGCUGCCUGUCAUCAAAUAUAUAUUUUUUAAGAAAAUAAAUUUGUUAAUACUGUCUUAGUAUUUUUUUGUAGACUUAGAGUUUGAAACGUUUUUAUUUGAUGUAAGAAAAUAGGAUGUAAUAAUUAUACUCAUACAAGUACAUGGUAGAAAGACCUUCACUCAUUAUAUAUUAUCUAAUGCAUUUGUUACAUGUGUGGAUCUGCAGAAUAUGUUAAUGAAAAUACUGGAAGUCACAAAGACAUAGCACCCUUAUGAAGUGGACUUUCAUUGUAGUUUUGUUUGCUUGGUUAAGAUGAGAAUCUACUUGAUCCUAACCUACACUUGAUCUCACAGUCAUGUGAUGAAGGUACUUUCUUCAUGGCUUGGUACACACCUGGUGCAACAUCCUGGGUGAUUUGAUGGCAGGUAGUAAUUGUCAAGGUGAUGGAUUGUGGCAAGAGGUGGCAGCUAUUGUUACACCUGCUUGGGCUGUACAGGUGGAUAAAAGUAAGAAAACAUUAAUUUCUUUAGUGUUGUGGUAGUUUAUAUUUUGUGAUUUUGUGUUUAGAGAUGUAGUGUCAUCAGACCUUUAGCAUUGUGUUAUAGAUAUUUUACUUGGGACGUGAGUGUAAAUAGUGUGAAAGCUUUCUCCUCAUCACUUAGACAUCUAUGAUUCUCUGUCCCAUUCUUGCAGCUGAAACCCCAAGGCCUGUCGUCACUGACCAUUCAACCUCCUAAUAGUCCAAUUUUGAAUACAUGAUCCCUUGAAUUUCUUCUCAUGCUGCACAUUACUUUAAAUGUGCCAUACUCAACAUUUGUAAGCUGUGACUGUAAGGUUCAUGUUCUCAGAUGUUUCCAUGUCUUUUCAUGAAGUCUUUUAACAUCCUCUUAUGGAAAUUAUUCAGGUUUCAAGAGUACUUUCUUUAAUUAUAAUUUAACAAGGAUUCUACACUAUCAGUGGGAAAAAAUAUCUAUAUUUUGAAAAUAGCCAGCUUAGUAUCUUGGUAUUGAACUUAAAGAUGUGUGGUCCUGUUAUGAUUAAUACUGUUAUGCAAGACUCUUAUAAGUUGUAAGGUAUAUUUUGUAAUUAUUGAAUGUAUGCACAUUACCUAAAAUGGGUAUGGUCUUCCUUGUUCACUAUUGCAAAUACUUUUAGUGUUGAUAAUUAACAGGUGCCGUUAUGUUUUGUUAGGGGUUCGUUUCUUGCCUUCAUCAUUAAGUGUAGUAAUGACAAGUUGUGUAAUUCCUCAAGGCUGUUCACAUUAUCAUUAUACUUAUAGAGUAACCUCUUAUUCUCACAACAAACGAUGAUUGAAAAUAUUUUAACAGAUAAUUAAUUUUAUGGAGACUGUUUGGUGAUUUCAGGACCUGGAUAUCAUGGGUAAAACAUGUAACUUCUUUGGAAUCACAUUUAACUAAAGUUUUAUGAACGCGUUAGGAAAUGGGUUAAUUUAUCAUCAGGCUAUCUGUUGCACGCGGAAGUAGUUAUGGAGCCACUUGUUGGAACACCAAUGACUCAACAAGGAGCAGAUGUGUCAAAACUUAUUUUGACGAGUUUGCAAGAUAUAAACCUUAAGCAUUUUUUUUUUCAUUGUUGAAUUUUUAUGUAAUCAAUAAGCAACGAGUUCUUAUUAUUUAAUUCAGAUAUGUUUGAAUCCUCCAGAAUCUCGCUAAUAUCUCUAAGAAAUAAAACGUUAUGUCUUGGAAA